AUGCAGAAUCUGUUCCUGUAUGUUAUUCUGCUUACAUCACUGGAGAGAGGUCAGGUGACACUGGAAACAUUGCCAAAAAAUCAAAAUAAUGUUGGGGCAUGUAUGGACUCCUGUUACCCCCAUGACUGCUCAGAUGUGUUCAGGGGGCAGGGUCUAACCUCAGAUGGGGUCUAUCUAAUAUACCCUAAUGGACCCUACUCUCCUGCAGUACCAGUCUUCUGUGACAUGACCAGCCCAGGAGGACCUUGGACGGUAUUUCAAAAACGCUUUGAUGGUUCUGUUGACUUUUACCGUUAUUGGGAAGGAUACAAAGAUGGAUUUGGACAUGCAGAUGGAGAGUACUGGUUGGGCUUGAAGAAUAUUCACUUUCUUACCCAGAAGAGGAUGUAUUGCCUCAGAAUCGACAUGGAGGAUUUUGAGAAUGAGACACGGUUUGUAACAUAUGAUGAAUUUUCCAUCUCACCUCUCGCAAUCUCUGCGGAGGAGGACAGAUACAAACUGCACGUCAAAGGAUUCCGAGAGGGGGAUAAACUAAAUCCUGCAGGAGAUUCUCUGGUGACACACAAUGGGAAGAAUUUUUCUACAUAUGAUCAUGAUGGUGACACAUAUGCUGCAGGUAACUGUGCACUUAGUUAUUCUGGCGCCUUUUGGUACAGCAGUUGUCACAACGCCAAUCUUAAUGGUAAAUAUCUGAAAGGCACAACCGAUAUCUAUGGACAAGGCAUUACAUGGAGAAGUUGGAGAGGAUACUAUUAUUCGCUGAAGAGAAGUGAGAUGAAAAUAGCAACGUGUGUGUAA